UUCGAUUCCCACAAAUUCGAGAUUUCCUUUCUGAGGGACCAAUCCGUUUGCAAUGUGUACACGUAUCCUGGAAGUCAUCUUUUUCUUUUAUUUUGCGUCUCACAUCCCUAUAACUCUGUUCAUUGAUCUCCAAGCCCUUUUACCAGCGGAGAUAUAUCCCCAGGGCUUGAAAGACUUAUUACAUUGGUAUGCCGCCGAAUUCAAAGAUCCGAUGAUGCUGGACCCUCCUGUCUGGUUCAAGUCUUUCAUCUUCUGCGAAGCCCUCGUACAGAUGCCAUUCUUUCCUAUUGCAGCGUACGCAUUUUGGAAAGGGGACUGUAGGUGGAUAAGGACCCCUGCAAUUGUUUACUCUGCCCAUGUGGCCACCACCCUGAUUCCCAUCCUGUCCUAUGUCCUAUUCCACCAGUUCCCCACGGCCCCACACCCAGGGCCCCAGACACCCACCGAGCGCCUGACGCUGGUGACCGUCUACGCCCCCUACCUGCUGAUUCCUAUCAUGCUCCUCUUCACCAUGGUGUUCAGCCCAGAGUACAGCUCUCACAUUCAAGGCAGAGAAAGUGCAACAGCCAAGAAGUUCCAGUAGGUGGCAGUGCACCCAGCUGUACACUGCUUUCUCCCAGCAGAACUAUGUAAAAUGUGCCCUUGAUCGAAUAUUAAUCACAGAAUGCACAUCAGUGUCUGAGAUAAAUAUGGAUGAUGUGUCCGUCCUGCACUGAAGUAGCUGUGGGAUUUGUGUUUAUUGCUGGUGAGUAAGCACUAACUGCACUGCCUCUGGUGGCCUGGUUCUACACUGGUUUAUACAAGCACCCAGUACUGGAAAAAAGUGGAGAAGGUGGCUUUCCUUAGUAGUGUAAUACAGAUAAAAUACACUACAAUGAACCCUACUGACCUGUGACCUAGUGAAACAACACUUUUUUCUGUGGAAAUAUAUGAGUUUCAUUGAAACCUUUUGAUUUGUCAUUUGUAAUCGGUACCAACUUACGAGCAAUAUAAAUGUUUCUUGCACACAGCGACUUUAAAUGGAAGCAACCAUUAUUAUAACUGCUCAUUCUGAAAUUUGGAAGCUGCAGUUCUUACCUUCAGCUCAAAAUGAGUUACCAUCAAAAUGAGAGAUAAUUGUGUAUAAAUACUACAGCAUUGCUGUUA